CGGGUGCACGGUUCUUUCCGGUAAGGGCGAGACGCUCUGCUGUGCCGCCCCGGGUCCCCAAGCGCAGCCGAGACUCCAGGUGUACCGAGCGCCCGGUCCGUCCAGCGGGUGGCCCCGCCCCCUGCUCCGGGGGCGUGGCCAAGGAUGGGGGCGUGGCCGCCGCGGGGCGGAGCCGGGGCGCCUCUCAGAGGCUGCCUGCCGGGGAGACGCGGCGCAAACGCACCCUGGUGUUCCCGGGACCUGCGCCGCUGACAGAGCGAAGGCGAUCCUGACCGCGAGGGUCCGCACGCGAGAGAAGAUGCCGGCGCCCACUCCAGAGCCCAAGCCUGGAGACCUGAUUGAGAUUUUCCGCCCUUUCUACAGACACUGGGCCAUCUACGUUGGCAAUGGAUAUGUGAUCCACUUGGCCCCCCCAAGUGAAAUCGCAGACGCAGGUAUGGGCAGCAUCAUGUCCACCCUGACCGACAAGGCUGUCGUGAGGAAGGACCUGCUGUGUGAUGUGGCCGGAAGGGACAAGUACCAGGUCAACAACAAACAUGAUGACAAGUACUCACCGCUGCCUCCCAGCAAGAUCGUCCAGCGGGCAGAGGAACUGGUGGGGCAGGAGGUGCUCUACAAGCUGACCAGCGAGAACUGUGAGCACUUUGUGAAUGAGCUGCGCUACGGAGUUGCCCGCAGUGACCAGGUCCGAGAUGUCGUCAUGGCGGCAGGCAUCGCCGGAGUGGGCUUGGCAGCCAUGGGCCUCAUUGGAGUCAUGUUCUCAAGAAACAAGAAACAAAAGCAAUAAGCCGAAAGGACUGUGCUGUCAGGAGUGACUAUACAUUCAGAGGGGGUCUUGUUUUGCUAGAGUUUGGGGUUUGGUUUAUGGAUUUCAUUCUGUUUUAUAAUAAGGUUUAUUUUCACGGAAUAAAAUAAAGCACAAUAAGAGAGGAUUUUCUUGGGGAAAUGCA